AUGGAGAAAAAAGACAGCGCCAAGAAGUUGCGGCAGCUAUGCGACCAGAAGGGAGGAAUCAUUCGUGACGCCAAGGACAAAAAUACGGAGCUCUGCCAGAAAAUUCUGGUCUACGGAAAAGACAAAAGCUCCGACCGCGAGUUUUUGGAGAACGUGUACCGAUUCGUCUUGGAAAAAAUCGAGCGGGAACGAGAGGAGGGGAGGAAAAUAUGCGCGGCGGUGCGGGAAAGUGCUGAUAUUUCGAACUUUGACGAGGUGGAGAUUCAGACGAAAGCCCGCGAGGAACAGGACCGAAAAACGAAGCUUCUGGAGGACCUCGCAAAAAAAGUUCUGAACGCAGUCAAAGCGUGUCCCCCGCCCGGAGAUGUACCAAUGUUUGAGCUGCGUAAAACGCCUCUAUUUUUUAGCUUUAUUACGGUGGUCAGGUGGCUCUCGCGCUGUAGUAAGUAGUUCCUCAGGCCGAGUUCUCUAUUUCACUAGAGAUCUUCGACGAACGUCGAGAGUGACAAUGAUGAUGCGUUGUAUGCAAAACCAUUUGAUAAAAACUCAGGGUACGAAAUUGGUCAAGGACGCGAUCGACUUCUUUCGAGCCGAGAAGAACGUAGCCAAACGAAAAGAAUUUCUGGCGAAACAGAAUAAGGAAGACAAACGGGCGUUCCUAGCUGGCGAAAGUAAGCAGGCAAGUGACGAUGAGCUGGACACCCUGGUUUUGGCAGAGCUUCAAAAGUUUUCGUUCCUUCAGUAAUCGAAUGCUGCAGCUUCUUGGGCGUCGCAAUGCUUUGCCAUAUUCUCAUCCAUCUCUUCCAGGUAUCGUACACUGACUUCGUAACAAAGUCUAAAGAACUAGUCUGUGCAGCGCAUCAGAAACAGUCCAGAUCAACGUACUUCGUACAAUAAUUUCGUGACACACGUCAGUACAGCUCCCUAUUCAUGGAUUUCAUAAAAAAGUAGUCUCGCACCAUAGGCAUAGCGUUCUCGUCUCAAGACAGGCACAUAUACGCAGUACGAAAAAGUUUUUCCGUCCGAAAGUAGAG